AUGGACGUCGGCACCUUGGGGAGGCUCCAGAUAGCCAACCCGGACGAGGACGCAGACCCGUCGUCGCCCUCUCCGCCGCCGCCGCCCACACAGGCGCAUGCAGAGCCCUCGUCUGCGGGCCGGCCGUCCUCUCCUUCGCAGGCGUCGUCGAACAGCACCAUCACCGACCAGCCCAAGCCGCAGGCUCCCCAACACCUGCUCCCAGAGCCACAGGCGCCCUCAGGCUCGCUGGGAUUUAAUGCAGACAGCUUUACCACCGCCUCCCCCUCGUCCUCGUUCGGCGACCAAACUUCCCCACUGGCCCAGACAGAGACAUUCUCCUCGACUUCCUCGCAACCCGCCCGGCUCACCCACAGGCAAUCGAUGCCCUUUGUACACCAGGCGCAGCAGCAGGCCUCAUACCCGCCCUACGCUGCGGGGCCCAUCGCACAUGCCGGCCGCAAUGGCCCUCCGCUACCUCCGAAUAUGGGUACGCGGCCCAUGUCCACCCAGAUGUACAUGCACGCCAAUUUAUCCUCGAGCUCGGCUGCGAACGCCGGAACAUAUCGCUACAAUGACAGUGUUACGACCGACAUACGGCGGACAAGUAGUUCAAGAGUAGCUCCGAAAGGAAUGGGAAUGGGAAUUCCCUCGCGGGAGCCCAGCCGGAGCAGUAGAGGGUACCCCCCUGAGAUGGCACAAGGAAACGGGCCCUUUCCCCCACGGCGGAGUUCACGGCGCAUUCCCAUGGACGGCACCCAAUCGUCGAGUGUACCCGUUACGAGCCAUUUGUCGAGUUCACCAUAUGGCUUGGAGGGCGGACCUCUCCCCAGUAGCGAGGAGUGGAAAGAGAAAGGGGCAGCUACGGGCGUCAGGCAGGAGAUGGACCAGAACGGCAGACCUGUUACAAGAGUUGUUAAGAAGGGCGUCAAAGACUUCAACUUUGGUAGGACACUAGGAGAGGGGUCUUAUAGUACCGUUCUAGCUGCCACAGAUCGCCAGACGCUGCGAGAAUACGCCAUAAAAGUGCUCGACAAGCGCCAUAUCAUCAAGGAGAAGAAGGUCAAAUACGUAAAUAUCGAAAAAGACACCUUGAAUCGCUUGACAGAACACCCAGGCAUUGUUCGGCUCUACUACACUUUCCAGGACGAAACUUCGUUAUACUUUGUGCUCGACCUAGCGGCUGGCGGAGAGCUGCUCGGCUUCCUGAAAAAAAUGACCACAUUCGACGUGGAAUGCACCAGAUUCUACGGCGCUCAAAUACUCGACGCAAUCGACUACAUGCACUCGCGAGGGGUAAUCCAUCGCGAUCUGAAGCCGGAAAACGUAUUACUCGACGACCAAAUGCAUGUUAAGAUCACAGAUUUCGGCACUGCCAAGAUAUUGGACCAGAAAAGAUCCAACGGCGUCGGCUCGACUGGUGGCGAUCCAUUAGAGGGCAUGGACUCAGACCGAGCACAGUCUUUCGUCGGUACCGCCGAAUAUGUCUCACCGGAGUUGCUUACAGACAAAAACGCAUGCAAAGCGAGCGAUUUAUGGGCCUUUGGGUGCAUAAUAUACCAGCUCCUCGCUGGUCGGCCACCCUUCAAGGCUGCUAAUGAAUAUCAGACUUUCCAGAAAAUCGUGGGGUUAGAGUACACCUUUCCAGACGGCUUCCCACCACUGGCGAAAGAUUUGGUGGAAAGGUUACUCGUGCUGGAUCCUCUCACGCGCCUUCCCAUAGAACACAUCAAAAGUCAUGCGUUCUUUGAUGGCAUAGCUUGGGGUAAAGGGUUGUGGAAACAGAAAGCUCCGCGACUGAAAGCCUAUGUUCCGCCAGCCCACGAACCCAUCAGACUCAACGGUAAGGACGGGCCGUACCCCUCGAAAGAAGUUCUUAUCGGUGACACAGCAUCAGGUCCCACAGCACCACCUGCAUCCUCCGCCAAUAAUUUGCGAGUGCCACCGCGGCUCAUUACCGAGCUGCCUCCGCCGAGCCAGCUUGACAUUGAUUGGUCCCCGGUCCUGACGAAAAGAGACGAGCGGAUAUUGAAGCUUGGCAACUUGUUUGUUACCCAUCACCCCGCAGGCCAUCCUGUUGGCGCGGAUGCUGCUGCUGCUCCCGAGACACCGAAGAAGUUUUCACGGUUCUUUGGCGGUAACACCGUCAAGAAGCGGCAAAGACUAGUUAUGAUAACUUCCAAUGCCCGAGUGCUCAUGUGCGCUGCAGGCACUAAUGAUAAGAAGCUGAAAGAGGAGGUAUCAAUAUUAGCACCUGGCUGCUCUUGGAGAAGCUUCCAGGAUUCGAAGGGCCUGACUGCAUGGCUCGUUGAAACUCGAGACAAGCAGUACGUUUUCGAAGACCCAAAGAGCACCACGAGCGAUCCCAACGGCAGCAAAUUUUACACACAGGAAUGGCUCGACAGCAUAGAACAAGCGCGAGACUACGCCAUAUCGCAGAGCAUGACAAAUUCCUACUCAGGCGACUCCACACUGAACGAUCUGAAUUCUGCUCUUUCAAGUCCUACUAGUACGUUAGGUGGUGACUCCGCCCUAGAGGGAGUCAACAUCCCAACUACACGUAUGCUUCGUAAAGAGCAGGCAGAUUCUGACUCGCUAAAGGGCAGGAAGAGAUUCAGCAAGCGCCACUCGAAAAAUGGACUCGCAAACUUUUAA